CAUUAAUCAUAGACAACCGAUGCAUUAGGUAAAGUACUGUAGUCCAUGAUUAAUGCUGGGGUGCUGUAAACUGAUCUUAUUAUUGCACACUUAUGCCCUCAAGCUUUUGCAGUCUGAAUCUGAUGAAUGUUGUAAUGACAGCAAUACUAUUUGUAUGCUUUAGUUAUGCAGCCAAACGGAUAUCCCUGAACAAUAGACUGGACACUGUUGUGAUGCAAUAAACAUUGGGAACCUAGGCAAUAAUAAUUACACCUCUGAUAACAGGUUUUCCCAUGUGGGCUUGUGUAAAUUCAGUUACACUUCAAUGUUACUGCCCCCAGCCAGUUCUUUCUCGAACAGUGGGGUGUUCUCUGCUGAGAUUAGUACUUCUCCGGCGUCCUGUUCCUGAAUGGAGAAAAAUCCAGACACACAAACUGAACCGCUUCAACUCCUGGUUGCCAGGAAACGUCUACAAGGCAUUGAGAGAAAAGAAAAGCAAGAGUUUCUUCAUGCUGCUGUUAAAAAAAAAAGCCUCUCUACACCACAUGCUGGAUGAUUAAGAUGGCCUACAGAAUAUUCUGAAAAUCAUUAAUUACUGUUCUGUUAAUGUGCAGUGCAAUCUACUAGUUUUCUUUGGAUGAAGAAAGAAGCUAUGUUCUGCAGCACCUAGUUGACAGAGAAGGAGAACAACAUGGGGAGCAUGAGCCCUGAAACUAUGGACACCAGAGAAACAUCAAAGAAAGAGAUGGAUCAUCUGGAAAACAGGCUAAGCAUGAAAGAUUUUAUGAAGAUGCAAACACUUUUCAUGCUACCAGACCUGAAAGAACCUGUAUGCAUGACCAGGGAAGAGUUUGUUGACAAAAUUUUCUCCCUUGUUGGCCGAGGCACAAGGGAGGAAUACGGAGAGCUGUUUGAUAAGAUCGAUGUGACUCGAGAUGGCGUUCUAGACUGGGACAAGCUAACAUCUUUCCUGCUGUUGGAGUUGUCCGAGAAAGACGAGCGAGCCAAAUCUUCGGUGGUUCCUCAGUGGAAGGACCUCAAACUUCUCCCGUCUUCACUCAAGGAACAUAUCCAAAAAAUUGUGUACCUGAAGAGUACCAGCCGAUAUCUGAUCAUUAGCAAGGAGGGAUUGCUGGAAAUCUGGGGUGAAAACCUUGUGCCACAGAAAACUCUACGGGUUGCUACCGAUUCUGUCAAACCCAAAGACCUUUGGGUUACAAGUAUGGUUUCACUACCAAAUGUGAACAAGAUAGCAGUUGGUUUUACCAGUAAGGAAAUUUGCUUCUACGACCUGCUUUCUAAACAAGAGUUCUCAUGCCAGUAUAAACUGCAAGAUCUUGAAAAUACACCAAUAAGUAUGGAUUACUGGUAUGACCCUAGCAAUGGAAAUGAAGCAGUGCUGAGCUUUGGUGAUGUAGGUGGACAGGUAAAUGCGAUUUGUUUUACUUCAGCCCUCAUUUCAUUGUUUGAGAGGCCAUGCAACUCAACUGAGCAGGAGUCAGUUAUAACCUUUAAAUGGCAGGAGCUUGUCAGUGUUCAUCAGACGUGCUGCUAUGUUUUGAGACACAAGGCUCAUAGCAAGAACUGGGUCCGGCAAGUCAGAUACUUGGGCAAUUUGGAAGCUUUAAUCUCCUGUGCUACGAGCAGCACAAACAGCAUGGUGUUAGGAUGGAAGGAAAAUAAAAAGACACCACGUACCACAGCUUUCCACAUCAGCAAAGGAGUCACUGCAUUUGACUACCAUGAUGGGCUGAAAUUGAUUGCCACUGCUGGUAUUGAUAACAAAGUGUGUCUUUGGAAUCCGUAUGUGAUCUCUAAGCCAAUCGGUGCUCUCCGGGGUCAUCUGGCCAGUGUCACAGCAGUACAGUUCAUUGUCAGAAGAAAGCUACUGCUGAGCUUUUCAAAGGAUAAGAUUUUAAGAGUUUGGGAUAUUCAACACCAGUUGUGCAUCCAGCGUAUAGCUGGUAUAUUCCCUAAACAUCUAGAUUUCCAUUCCUUACUGUACUUUGAUGAGGAGCAUGGGAGACUUUUUAUUACGUUUAACAAUCAACUGACACUUUGUGAACUAAAGCAAGAGACUGGCAGAGUUACAAGCCAUGAAAAGCCCAUUAGCUGUGUUCUUUAUAACAACGUCUUCAAGCAGGUAAUCAGUUCAGAUAUUGGUUCUACUGUUACCUUCUGGAUGAUUGAUACCGGGCAGAAGAUUAAACAGUUCACCAAAUGCCAUGGCACUGCUGAGAUCACCACAAUGGCACUGGAUGCUACAGAGACCAAACUCUUUACAGGAGGCACAGACGGAACCGUUAAGAUCUGGGAUUUCAACGGCCAUUGUCAUCAUAAACUCAAUGCAGGGCGGGAUCAAGCUGAAGAAAUCUCCCAGAUCUUUGUGCUGAAAAGGACUGUUUUAGUUUUGGGAUGGGAGAGGAUAAUUACAGUGUUCCGGAUGAACACUUUCACUCAGUUCUUUGUGCAGCCUUCAGAAUGGAAAGGAGGAGUUCAACACCAGGACGACAUCCUCUGUGCAGCGUUCCUUCCUUCACAAACCCUGGUCACUGGAAGUUAUGAUGGUGAAAUAGUAAUAUGGAACAACAACACUGAAAAUGCCUUUCGCAAACUCCAUCCAGACAGUAAAAGAGCAUUGAAAUCAAAGUCAGAUAGUCAGUUUCUUAAGCGGACAAAGCCAACUGCAACUCAUCGGCAGACUUCAGCGUUUUCCAGUGACAUUAGUGAAAACGACCAAGAGUGUAACUAUGCUGUAACACGGCUUUUCUUCCUGGAAGCUAGAAAGAAUAUGUCUGCUUCAGGAGGAGCUAACCUUGUGUCUUGUGGAGGCUCAGGUUUUGUCAGGUUUUGGAGCACAUCAAGAAGCUGCUUGCUUGCGGAAUUUAUUGCUCACAAAGACACAGGAUCCAUUAUCAUGACUGUCGAUAGAACAUGCAAAUACCUUAUCACAGGGGACAUUGACGGAUGUGUCAAAGUUUGGAACAUACAAGAGUACUGCCUGCAUUACAGUGAUAGUAUUGUCAAUCAGCCUCCUCCGCUUCUGACAGCCUUCCAGCCGCACGUGGACUGUGUUACUCACCUGGAAACGUGUGAGCACAGCAGGAGAUUGCUCAUCAUUUCAGCAUCAGCUGACUGCAGCGUUGCUGUUGGCAAUAUCUCUGGAUCCCCUGUAGGGAUAUUUGGCCAGGAAGAACACUGGCGUAUUGAUGAAAGUGCUGAACCUCUUUUUCCAAACACACACCAAUUAGAAGAAGAAGGGGAGGAGAAUGAUAAUGAAAGGAAGGUGGCACAUGAGGACAGAUCAAGAGUAAAACAUUCCCCUGCUCAUGAAGGAGACCCUCUGGAACAAACUGUACCUUUUGCAUUGGAAGCUACAGAAGACCCUGCUCCGAGUAACCCAUGGGAAAACACAAUUUUAGGGAAAAGAUAUGAAGAAGCCAGAAAGUCAAAAGAGAAUGAUCACAAGCCAUUUAUCUGGGAGCAAACACAAAGUUCUGUUGGUACUUUUAGUUCACUGCAUAUUGAAGACCUCAAGGAUGUGGGUGAAGUUGACAAACCAGAUUUCAUAAUCAAUCCUCACAAGUACUUUGGGGAGAAGACUGAAGAGAAGACCCCUCCACCCCCCCAACUUCCAGGGCUCUCUCAAACACUGAAAGCUGCCUUUGAUGAGAAGAGUUUUUUUCCAAAAGAAAUUCUCGAACAGGAACAGAAAGCCAGACAGUUUUACAAGCAGCUUUCCAAUGAGGUCAAAGUCAGGAAGAAACAAAGCCAAGCACGAGACAGGUAUGUCACUGAGCAACAGAAGCCGGCACAGCUACAGGUGCUGAACAAGCUGCAAUGAUAUACAAGCUGUAAGAUUUUUCAGAUUCUUGUGGGCUGCUUCUUUUGCUGUUCUUUAAGCAAUGUUAAGUGGCUCACUAGUGUGAGUCUUAUUUUGUGGAUUCACUCAAUAGAACAAUUAUUGAGUUUAAUACUAAUGCUUUAUUAAGCCUCAAUAACAGCAAGCAAUGCGAAAAAGGUAUUAAUCCACAUAAUUACCAAUUUCAGAGACUGACAGUCUUCUAUUCUUUCUCUGGUCUAACAAAAGAGCUCUAAAUAAGCCUUUUUAUACCUGUGGUUAUAUCAUUCUUCAAUGAUUGUUUCUUUAUUACAGCUUGGUACAACUGUUCUCUAUUACAGCUUGGUAUCUUCUUGUACCUUAUCUCUUGGUCACUUUUAAGUUUCUAAUAUAAGAUAAACACACUGAUGAAUUUGACACACACACCCUGCUUAUAUAUAU